CUGUCCUCGGGGCCGGGGCGGGCCGGGGCGCGCCAGGGAGGGGCGCUGCUGUCCGGCGUAGUCUAUGCUCCUGUUCAGCUGCUGUACUCCCGGGAACCUUGGGAAUGUGGAUCCCGGACUCCAGGGACCGCAGUUGAGCCAGCCUCGGCAGUCCUGUACCACUUGCUGAGGAGCAGGAUCUCCCGGACGCGUCCGACAGCAGGUCAGGAUCGGACUAGGUCUGCCUGGGCCUAUGAAGACAAAGACCCCCCAAGACCAAUGAGCAGAUGCCCCAGCAGUUGGCCAGGAUCGUCUGUUGAACACGCCCUCGGCUGCCCCACCCACCAGUGACCACAGUUAAGCUCUGGAAUGUGCUCAGAAUGAUGGAUAACAAGGAUUUAGAAGCUGAAAUACACCCCCUGAAGAGUGAGGACAAGAAAUCACAGGAAAACCUAGGAAACCUACCGAAAAAUGAGGGUGCCUUGAAGAGCAAGCCCGUGCCUUCCCGCCUGUCACGGUGCCGCACGGUGGCCUUUUUCCUCUCCCUGUUCAUCUGCCUCUGUGUGGUGUUUGUGCUCUCGUUCAUCAUCCCGUGUCCAGACCGUCCUUCCUCUCAGGGCACAUGGAGGCUCGACUACAACGAUUCAGUCACGUAUGACUUUCUGGCUUUGGGAGACAUAAACAGAGACAAGAUUCAGGAUGUUCUUUUUCUUUAUAAAAAUACCAACAGCAGUAACAAUCUCACCAGAUCCUGUGCUGAUGAAGGUCUUUCCACUCCCUGUGCCUUUGUGGCCGCAGUGUCAGGGGCCAAUGGCAGCGUGCUCUGGGAGAGGCCCGUGGCCCAAGAUGUCGCCCUUGUAAAGUGUGGCAUGCCACAGACACCGGACAGCGAGGCGUCUUCUGCCUGUAUCCUCGUGGGGAGACUUGGUUCGCUCAUCGCACUCAGUUUCUUCACAGGAGAAACCCUGUGGAGCCAUCCCAGCAGCUUUAGUGGGAACGCUUCCAUCCUGAGCCCUCUGCUGCAGGUGCCUGACAUCGACGGCGACGGUGCUCCAGAUCUACUGCUCCUCACCCAGGAGGGACAGGAGGUCAGUGGAGCUAUCUAUUCAGGUAGCACUGGGUACCAGAUUGGCCACAGAGGCAGCCUUGGUGUGGAUGGAGAUGGUGUCGCCCUCCUUCAUGCGACCAGAACUGGUGCUCAGUACAUUCUCCUGCCCUGUGCAAGUGCCCUCUGUGGCUUCUCUGUGAAGGGCCUCUAUGAGAGAAUUACUGGGAGAGAUGGCCAUUUUAAGGAAGACCCCUCCUGGGAGAAAAUACUCAAUCGCUCUGCCCACAGGAGGCUUCUGCACAGCUCUGGAACAGUUCGCUACCUGAUGAAUGUCCCCGGGAAAGCUGGCCAGGACUUGCUUCUUGUGAGCUCUGAGGCCUGUAUGUUGCUGGAUGGACAAGAUCUCAUGCCCAGGUGGACUCUUGGUGUAACUCAGGUUCUGAGAAAACCUAUACUCGGCCACUACAAACCAGACACCUUGGCUGUGGUAAUUGAAAAUGGAACGAGCAUUGAUAGACAGAUCCUGCUUCUGGACCUCAGUACUGGGUCUAUGCUGUGGAGCCAGCCCCUCCCCAGCCUGCCCGGGGGGCCGCCCUCUACAAGCCUGAUGACUGCAGACCACCGCUCAGCCUUCUUCUUCUGGGGCGUCCGUGACCUCGUGAGCACUAAUGAGAUGGAUCCCCAAGACAUGCAGCACAGCCUGUAUAUGUUCCACCCGACCCUGCCUGGCAUCCUGCUGGAGCUAGCCAACGUGUCCGCCAACAUUGUGGCCUUUGAUGCGGUCCUGUUUGAGCCAAGCCGCCACGCUGCCUAUGUGCUCCUGACCGGCCCAGCAAGCUCAGACGUGCCUGGCCUGGUCUCUGUGACCAAACACAAAGUGCGAGACCUUGUCCCAGGCAGUAGAGUGAUUCACUUGGGCGAAGGCAGCUCAGACAGUGACCAGGCUAUCCGCGACCGAUUCUCCCGACUACGGUACCGGAGUGAGUUGUAGGUGGUGUCAGCUGGAGCACACGAAGAGACUCCAACUGUGAAAACGAAGCCUCUUGGAAAGUUGGCCUGCCCUCGGCCUUCAUGCUGACCUCACUGCUCGCCCUGGUGACUCUGGCCCUCUGGGAGCUAUGGCCUUACCGGUUCUACCCAAGCAUGUUGGGGGCACCUUCCAGCCUCCUGCCUCUCACUGUGUGCUUCAUCUGAUCUGGUCAAGUAAGACUCCCUAGACCAGCUCGGGCAAGUCAGUCCCUCAGGAGGCUCCUUCAUCAUGUACUGCCUCCGAACCCUCUCACAGGAAGCUACCACUGUGUGGUGUGCUGCUUCCUAGCCCGUCCAGUCCAGCCUGGUUUCUCCCGUGUCUACACUGUCCCUUGGGUCAUGAAGCUCAGGGCUGUAGCUGGAACCUGAGGCUGCUUCCCCAAAGCAGAAGGGAGCGUGUCUCCAGAAAGUGCAUAACACUGAGUCUGACCAGGCAGAAAGGAGCCAUCCUGGAGCGUCUGGGUGCACUCGAGGGAUGUAUGGACUGCGUGCUGAGUCAGCCCCUCCCCCUCCCAGUACACUGGACCUGCUGACUGCACAAGUCCCUGCACCCUCGCACUGCGGCGGGCACAAUCCCUUUCCCUACUCUGGUGCUUACCUGAUGACGGUCUCACCUUGUGCCUUGUUGCUCCUUGAAGCCCAAGGGCCACAGAGCAGCUUUGCCCAGACCAGAUCCCUAGCUCUGUAGCCAAAGCGGUCCCAUGACCCCAGCCACCAUGGAAGCCAACACAAUAAACAAUUUGCACUGAUGGGGAAAGCCCUGGUAGUCCAGCGUGA